AUGACCGCCCCUCAUCCCCCCGAUGCCGAUGCCGAUGACGACGCCAACCGCAAACUCAUCUGGGCAUCCGUCUACCGCACCCUCCUCCAACACGCCCACCCCGACGCGCGCUUCAACCACGACUACAUGUCCUUCACCCCCGACUUCCGCAACUCCGCCACCGCAAUCUCCCGCCUAACCACGCUCCCCUGCUACAAAUCCGCCGCCACUAUCCUCAUAACCCCCGACAACAGCCUCGAGCACCUACGCUGCCGCGCCCUGAAAGACGGGAAAAAAGUGCUCGUCGCUACGUACCGACUGCGCAGGGGAUUUGUGCUGUUGCAUCCCGGCCGGAUAGCGGAGACGAAAUACGAAAUCGCAGCGUGUCUAGACGGCAUGGAGAAGCCUGGGAUAGGGCGUUCGGUGUCGCUGGCGCAGAUGCGCGAUGAAGGGCUCCGGGUAGAUCUGUGUGUAACCGGGGGACUGGUGUUCAACGCGCAGGGCGUGACGAUAUGGGAAGGGCAUAAUCUAUUCGAGAUACAAUAUGCGAUGUUAUCGGACCUAGGUGUUUUACACCACAAGACACCUGUUGUGGCGGUUGCGCAUGACUGUCAGGUUGUUGAUGAGGCGGCGCUGGGUGUGGAGAAGGUAACAGUAUCUCCGACGAGGAAGGGAGAGGUACAGUGUGAUUUUGUUGUUACACCGGAUAAGUUGUAUGAGAUUGAGGGUGCGGUCGAGCCUACCCAAGGUGUGGACUUUGACGCGAUAGAUCCCGAGGGUGUGGAGAAUAUUCCGCCGCUGCAGGAGUUGAGGGGGAUUAGGAUGAUGGAGGGGAUUAUGCGGAAGGAGGGGUUUGUUUCUGAGAAGGAGGAGAAGGCUGAUGAAGCGCUGAAUGAGGAGGAGCAGAUGGGGGUUGGUAUUGUGGAGAAGCUGAUGCAGGGUUAUAGGGCGUAG